GCGCGUAGGCUUCCUAUACAAAACUCUAGACUCCGCUCGUCUUUGCGGGCGAAAACCCCAACAAAAGGCUCUCCAAUUCCUUCCCGUGCACCAACCAAAUAUGUGCAACUCCAACGCCUUAUCACCAAACUCCCAAUGCGAGCACCACACCCUCCUCGCCCCCUUUGUCGACCAAAAGCACCCAAGCCCACCCCUUCUAAACCCAAGGCCUCCCGGCGAGCUCGCCCUCGCCUUGCUCGAGGCCAAGUCCCUACUCGCCUUGGCCCUCCCCAUGGUUCUCAGCGGCCUCCUCUUCUACUCUCGAUCCAUGAUUUCCAUGCUGUUUUUAGGCCGCCUCGGCCGCCUCCCUCUCGCCGGCGGCACCCUCGCUAUCGGCUUCGCCAACAUCACCGGCUACUCUAUCCUCUCGGGCCUUGCCACCGGCAUGGAGCCCAUCUGCAGCCAGGCCUUCGGGGCGAACAAGCGCUCGGCCCUCCUCCGCCUCGCCCUCCGCCGCACCGUCCUCCUCCUCCUCACCGCCUCCCUUCCAAUCGCCGCCCUCUGGGCCGUCAUGCACCGUCUCCUCCUCCUCUGCGGCCAAGACCCCGACAUCGCCGCCGCCGCCCGCUCCUACAUUCUCACCUCCCUCCCCGACCUCCUCCUCCAAUCCUUCCUCCACCCCCUCCGCGUCUACCUCCGCGCCCAGUCCAUCAUCAUCCCUCUCACCUACUGCGCCGCGAUCGCUCUCCUCCUCCACAUCCCCAUCAACUACCUUCUUGUCUCCGUUCAUCAACUCGGCAUCCAAGGCGUCGCUCUGGCAUCCGUCUCUGCCAACUUCAACCUCCUCAUCCUCUUGGUUUCUUUCAUCUACUUCUUCGGCAUCCACAGCCCCACCAGUGGUGAUGAUGGUGAGCUGCAUCUCACCAAACAUGGCUUCGAUGCCUGGAGAUCUUUGAUCGGCCUCGCGAUACCGAGCUGCAUUUCGGUCUGCCUCGAGUGGUGGUGGUACGAGAUCAUGAUCCUCCUCUGCGGCCUCCUCCUCGACCCGAAAUCCACCGUCGCCUCCAUGGGCAUCCUCAUCCAGACCACCUCCCUCCUCUACAUCUUCCCCUCAUCCCUGAGCUACGGCGUGUCAACGCGCGUCGGCAACGAGCUCGGUGCAAACCGCCCCGACCGCGCGCGCCGGGCGGCGGCGGUCGGUCUCUCGUGCGGGGCGGCGUUAGGCUUGGCAGCGCUCGUCUUCGCGGUAUCCGUGCGGAAUGCGUGGGCGGCGAUGUUUACGGAUAGCAAGGGAAUCGCGAAGUUGACGGCGGCGGUGCUGCCGAUACUGGGGCUGUGCGAGCUCGGGAACUGCCCGCAGACGGUGGGGUGCGGGGUGCUGCGGGGGUGCGCGCGGCCGCGAGCGGCGGCGAAUAUAAACUUGGUCUCCUUCUACGGGUUCGGGAUGCCGGUGGCGGUGGGGCUGGCGUUCUUCGGCGGUUUCGACUUCCGGGGGCUGUGGCUGGGGUUGCUGGCGGCGCAGGCGGCGUGCGUGGCGACCAUGCUGUCGGUGGUGCGACGCACCGAUUGGGAUCUGCAGGCGGAGCGGGCGCAGCGGCUCACAAAAGGCGCUGUCGAGAGCGACGCUUUGGUAGUUAAAGUCAUCGGCGACGGCAGCGAUGAAAGCAAUGGAAAGCAAGCAACAAAGACUGGAGUUAUGGGUGGGGAGGGAAAGUCUCCUUUGAUUGUUAGCAUAAAUAUUGAUGGAUCCACUGUAUUAACUUAACUUGGCGAACAUUGGUUACUUUUCUUGGAUUAUUCUUGGGUGUUACUUUUUUCUUCUUAAACCCUAGUAAACUUCCUCCCUUCUUUACAUGCUUUAGUGCUACGAGAGAUGAGAACAGUUCAAACUGCAACACGGUUUUUGUAUGAAAGUCUUCAUAAAUGUUGACAAAUUAAAGUAUAUGAGACGAUAUAUGUUCCCACUA